AUGACAGAAGCCUACUUUAGCACACCAGCUGGCCAUAUUCCAGGAGAACAAGUGCCGUCUCAAAGUUCAAACGCUUCCGAUAGCGUCGUCUUCGAAUCAACCAUGGAGGAAAUCCCACACAGAAUAUCGACACCAUUCAGAACAGCAUCCGAGAUUGACGUUGAUGAGCCAUUGGAAGAAAGCGACUUUAGGGUCUAUGAAGGAAAGGUACCCGACUGGAACAUGAUCAUCGACUCCUUCAGACCACAACGUGAAGCAUUGCAUCAAGGGAUCAUGAAACAGCUAAAGGAGUUACAAGGCCUUGAAGAGUGGUAUGAAAGAAGCAACAAGGAAUUCCAUAGCCGAGUUGCAGGUGCACACCAUGAUGUGUGGAAUGAAUUGAUGGAACGACAAACGCGUUUGGAGACUGACAAGAAAAAGUACGAGCAUGAAAAAGAACUGAUGAACGACAUUCGCCGAAUGCAAACUGAAAAGAUCAAGCUCAAUGUCGGUGGUACACUCUUUGUCACCUCUUUCACCACUCUCAAAAAGGAUCCCAACUCGUUGCUAGCCAACAUGUUUCGAGAUCAGCGCCCUGAUGCUGAUGGUGCUUACUUUAUCGAUCGAGAUAGCACAUACUUCAAAUUAGUGCUCAACUAUUUACGAGAUCUCAAGAUUCCUAAAAGCGUGCGAGAAGAUCCUCGAGUUAUGGACGAGCUUAUGCAAGAAGCACAAUAUUAUCGUAUCCAUGGUUUGCUCAAGUUACGUUGGAUGGAUUUACCGGUCAUCACUCAAGCCGACCUUGAAAAACGAUACCCGCGUCCUACGUCAAGCAAGAGUGCCGUCGUGUUUAGGCUGGAGCGAAAGAAUUUGACAGGCCUCGACUUUUCAGGUUAUCGUAUCGACCCAAGUUCAAGCUUUCAAGGCAGCAACUUGCAGGAUUGCAAUUUCAAAAACGCGUGGUUUAUCUUUGAUUUCCAGCACGAAGUUAACUUUAGCCAUACGUUCCUGAAAGGUGCAGCGUUUCCUAAAGAAGGCACACCCUAUCGAUCACCAGGCGUGCAAUUCAAUCUUAAUGGAGCAGUUAUAGAUAACGCUUCUUUGUAG